CAGGCCGCUGCUCUAUGCACUGAGCCACAACGGUUUCGGCCGCUUUUUGUUUUUAAUGUAAAAGGAGGCUCCGGUGCGAGGGGCUCGGGCUUUCCCUGCUGAGACCGCCUUCCCAGCAGGACCGGUGGCGACCCCACCCCCUGCAGGCCGCCCGCCCCGGCGGUGGACGAGGUCCAGGCCAGGGCCUCCUCCUCGACGUGCCGCAUUCUCGCCAGCCCCACAGGAUUCUUCGAGUUCCAUCUUCAUAAGACACUCCAGGGAACCGGGCGAUGGCAGCGGCCAGUCUCCUGCCACCAGCAGCAGGACCCCAGCCCCUGUCAUUUCAGGUGAAGGUGACCUUCGAGGAUGUGGCUGUGCUGCUCUCCCAGGAGGAGUGGGACCAGCUGGGCCCUGCUCAGAGGGGCCUUUACCGACACGUGAUGAUGGAGACCUACGGGAACGUGGUUUCCCUGGGACUUCCAGGAACCAAGCCCAAUGUGAUCUGCCAGCUGGAGCGAGGAGAGGAGCCCUGGGUCCUGGAUGGGCAUGGGGCCAAAGAGAGCCGGGGCCUGGGCAACGACAGUUCGGAAUAUGAGAACAAGGAAAGGAACCAAAGUAGUUUGAAGCCAUUCAUUUCAGAGGAAUUAUCCGUGAUUCUGGAUAAAACUCACCCAGGGUGGAUUGAUGAAGGAAAUUACAAACCUGAACAGAGCUUCUGUCUGAGUCCAAACCCUGCGAGCCCCCCUGAAGUUCAGGUUUGCAGCCCAAGCAAGCCACCUGAUCAGCAGCCAACUGCUUCCGGGGGGGAGAGACCUUAUAAGUGCAUCGAGUGUGGGAAAUGCUUUGGCCGGAGCUCCCAUCUCCUCCAGCAUCAGAGGACCCACACCGGGGAGAAGCCCUAUGUGUGCGGGGUCUGUGGGAAGGCCUUCAGCCAGAGCUCGGUCCUCAGCAAACAUAGGAGGAUACACACAGGCGAGAAGCCCUAUGAGUGUAACGAGUGUGGAAAGGCAUUUCGUGUGAGCUCAGACCUCGCUCAGCAUCACAAGAUCCACACGGGAGAGAAGCCCCAUGAGUGUCUCGAGUGCCGCAAGGCCUUCACUCAGCUCUCACACCUCAUUCAGCACCAGCGGAUCCACACAGGGGAGCGGCCCUACGUGUGCCCACUGUGCGGGAAGGCCUUCAACCACAGCACCGUGCUGCGCAGCCACCAGAGGGUGCACACAGGGGAAAAGCCCCACGAGUGUGCCGAGUGUGGCCGGGCCUUCAGCGUCAAGAGGACACUGCUGCAGCACCAGCGGGUGCACACUGGGGAGAAGCCUUACUCCUGCAGCGAGUGUGGGCGCGCCUUCAGCGACCGCUCCGUCCUUAUCCAACACCACAAUGUGCACACGGGCGAGAAGCCCUACGAGUGUGGGGAGUGUGGCAAGGCCUUCAGCCACCGCUCCACCCUGAUGAACCACGAGCGGAUCCACACAGAGGAGAAGCCCUACGGCUGCUACGCCUGUGGCAAGGCCUUCGUGCAGCACUCCCACCUGAUCCAGCACCAGCGUGUGCACACCGGAGAGAAGCCCUAUGUUUGCAGCGAGUGUGGGCACGCCUUCAGUGCACGGAGGUCUCUGGUUCAACACGAGAGGAUACACACCGGUGAGCGGCCCUUCCGCUGCACACAGUGCGACAAGGCGUUCAGCCUGAAAGCCACGCUGAUCGUGCACCUGAGGACGCACACGGGCGAGAGGCCCUAUGAGUGCAGCCGCUGCGGGAAGGCCUUCAGCCAGUACUCUGUGCUCAUCCAGCACCAGAGGAUCCACACCGGCGAGCGGCCCUAUGAGUGCGCUGAGUGUGGUCGAGCCUUCAACCAGCAUGGGCACCUGAUCCAGCACCAGAAGGUGCACCAAAAGCCGUGACCUCGGCAGCCACAUGUCGCUCUCGCUUGGGCACACACUCAGGAAGCCCCCAGCUCAGCAGAGGCUCCUGUCAGCUGCAUAGGAAGCCCUUUGGUAAUUGAGGGUUAGAGUAAUUCCAGGGAGAAGCACUGAGCUCAUCACUCCUGGGGAAUAACUUCAGAGGUGCCAGUUUUAUUUUUUUCAACAUCUUGAGGUCUUAUUGGAGAGUAAUCACAGUUUAGUGGAUUUUGGUAAAGACAAUCAAAAUUCUUUAACAUUAGACAGUUUAAAUUGAGAAACUUAAGCCCCAGCUGAUUUGGCUCAGUGGAUAGAGCAUCAGACUGCGGACAAAAGGGUUCCAUGUUUUAUUCCAGUUAAGGGCACAUGCCUGGGUUGCAGGCUCGAUCCCCAGUGCAGGGCGAGAGGAGAAUGAUUUCUGGUCUGAGGGCAGGGGGCAGCACAUCAAUGAUUUUGCUUAUUGACGUUUCUCUCUCUCCCUCUCCCUCUGAAAUCAAUAAAAAUGUUUAAAGAAAAAAUAAAAUAAAUUGAGAAACUAAAGGAAACCAAAGCAUAAGGAUUAUUUUAACAAUAAAACUUGCUUACAUCCCAAAUAAAGGUUUCUUAGAACGUUUUAUGCCUUUCCUAAACACAAUGAUUAUUCUAAUUAUUACACAUAGAAUUAGAAUGUUGGACUAUUUUCUGUUAAACCACUUAUAUCUAUGAAUGAAAUUAUAUGAGAUACAUAUAUAUUUUUUAUUGAUUUCAGAAAGGGAGAGACAGAAACUCAAUGAUGAGAGAGCCUCAUUGAUGGGCUGCCUCCUGCACGCCCCCCUCA